AUGUCCGGUGUUCUCGGCUGCCGAAUGGGCGACUGCGGGUUACGCCCUUUAGGUCCUCCCUCAGAUGAGAUCUCUGACGAUCUCGCAGGGGUCGUGGUCCAGGCCAAGGCCGCCAGCAGAGCGCUUCCUCAACCCUCGACUGAGGCGGAGCCUCGCACUGAGCCCCCCCCCCCGGUUUCUCAUCGCGAUGGACGUUGCACCGGCGCAAAGGACGGCAACAGUGGAGCUGGACAUCUUCGAGAAGAGUUAGACUGCUUCGUGCUUUUGUAUCUUGUCCCAGUCCCUGGUCCGGCCCGAAUCCAGCCCUUGCCUGUGCCGAUGUCCUUUACUGUCAACAUGACCGACAGUCCUCCGGCAGUCACCGAGCCAGCUGCGUCUGUCACCCAGCCGUCAACCAACAGCUCGCAAGUGUCCCUCACCAGCACCAUCCACGCCGCCAUCGGUCUGCCAAACACUCACAACCCCGCGUCUCUAGCCCCAUCCUACACUCGUCCUGGCACUCUCGCCUCGAUCGCGCUCUCUGCUCCCUCGCACCAGAUACCCUCUACUACUACGCCAAACGGAAGCCCGCGAGUGUCGUUUUCGUCCACCCCUGAACACGAUCUCCCCAGACAGAGUUCCCCAUCCGCCUCAACUAACAACAAUCGCCCCGCCGUCCCGAACCCUCUCCCAGACAGAGAGGAAGGAUCGGCGACCCCAGUUGCUGAAGUCGCAGAAACUCCCUGGGUCGCUGAAGCAGAUCUCUCCGUCGCAACGGCGUUGUCUCUCUUUAACGGCGCAAACUUCAUGACUAGUCAACGCAAGCUUGUCAACUUCCUAACGUUUGCUCUUUGGAAGUCCUCAGGCAGCUCACCAGCUAGGUACUUCUUGCUCAUCACCUCUGCGUGGCUAUCACAAUCUGAAAUGUCUUCACGCCUCUAUUUUCAUUCUCUUAGGAGCCAGCUCCAGGAAGGGGUGGGACAUAUUCUACCUGUAUCUUCGCAAAGACGAUGUUCAAAGACAGAGCACGCAGGAUGCCAUGAGGACAAUCGUAAUUCUGUACUUCGUACAGCGCAUUCUGGUAUCCACGUCUUAUGGCAAAGCUCGGGGCGCAGCAAGUGGAAUCGUCGUCUCCUCUUUGCAUCGUCCUGCCUCCAUGUAAUUUCAAGCAUUGCGGCGUUUUUCCUGCUCAUUAUGAUCUGGGGCUCAUUACGGGCCGAGGUGUUUCUCAGCGUGCUGUACGCAGGUGUUGGUCUGGACAUCGCAGUCGUGCUUGCCGUGGCUUUUCUCAGCCAGCCCGAGUCCACUUCAAGGCAGGAAACCCUUCUGGUCAAAUACGGAAAUCUAUCAAUGUUGAUUCUGGGAGAAGGAAUCAUCGUUCUAGCGACCGUUUUCCAAAAGGCCAACAUAUUCGGGAACAACCUUCUUCCAUUACUCAACAGUGUGGUAAUCUGUCUCAACAUCGUUUUCCUUCUUUUCUCCAACUACAAACAUAUGGCUCCAGGCACACUAACUGCAGCUCAAGAGCUCAUGUGGAAAGUGACUCAAACUGGCCUUCACUUCGCCAAGCUGUGUCUUCUGGAAGGCAUUGCAGCCAUUCCAAGUCUAUCCGAAAACAGCGCUUCCCAGAUUGAGCAGCUAGUUCAGGAGUACGAAGGACCUACGACCGAGUGUAAGAUCGCAUCGUUCGAAGAUCUGGGACUACAACCUCCUUUAGACAUCUUCUGCCAAAGCCUCGGCUCACUAUGGAAUGACAUAGGUGGCAGUUGGCCGGGAAAUGUGAGCGACAGCUCUCGCCCAUGGCUGCGAGGAAAGGUUUGCCAGUAUACAGCCAACGCCGCCUACUCGAUUUCGCAGAGAUACAACAUCCCCUUGGACAACAGUGAAAGCCUCUACUACCGAACUCAACAUUUGAACAUUACGCUUUCGCUAUCAGCGGAUGACGCUGACGUCCUCUGCGGUGUGAAAGAACAGGUACUCAGCGACAUGACCAACUAUAUCCAGCGCGGAAGCGUUUGGAUCCUUUGGUCAGCGAUGUGCACAGGCGUUGGUCCGCGAACCGUUCGUACCGUUUUGGCGUAUGGUCCACUGGCCGCCACUUCAAUUGGUCUGUUCAUCGCCGGUGUGGUUCCCGGAACCGUCCGGAAGCUGAUGAGUACCUCUGGUGGCCCAGGUCUCCCAGCAGGUAUUGUUACAAUCGUCUAUAGUGUUUUGAACCUGUACCUGCACCCUCGGGAUCUCGGGCCGAGGAGUAGUGGCCCGGUAGUUGCCGGGUUUGGAACAGCUGCACUUCGCCCACCAACUUUCCCACUCCGUUCACUACCAAACCAUGACCGUCUCCGAUCCAGCAAGCAAGAGUCCCCGUCUAGUCUACUCGCAGUCGCCGCACGGUGGACCCUCAUCUGCGUCGCCGAGACCUCCGCGCCCAAGACGAGCAGCCCGCGCAAGCUCCGUUGUCAACCUCCUCCGCACGAAGCCGAGACGAGAUGUCGCAACUGUGCCCGCAACGAUGUUCAGUGUCAAUACUCGAACCCGCCCCCGCCACAAGCCCAGGUCGAGCAGCGACAAGACAGCGAUGAACGGCUUUUGCGGCUUGAGGCGAACGUCGACAAGCUCCUGCAGAUGAUGGAGAGUCGGUCAUCGCAGCCGGGGGUCGCACAACCGUAUCUGCCAAGCCUCCCGCCUCAAUCGCAGCUUGAGUCACAGCAUACCUUGGGUGGUCCCGAAGCUUUGAGCUUGUUCGCUGAUGUCGCCGCUUCGGCGGACGCGGUGGAAUGGCUCCCGGUUGACCCGGCACCAGCCCUCUCUCCGCAAAUGCAGUCCUCGCAGACAUCGGUAUCCCCAAACACGACCUGCUCCGAGUCUAGAAGGCAGCGUGGACUCGACGCGGUGGACGUCGCUCAAGCUCGACCUAUUCCGAAGGUGGUGUCAGGCCGGCGUAUGGCAGCGUUCACAGACCCAGAGGCGUACGAAGCGCCCUUCCGGCCACUGGCCUAUCACCCCGAAGUCUUCCGGAAUGAGGAAAUCUUGUCGACACACUCGGAAGCUGACGAGGACGCCCAUGCUCCACGCCGCCGCGGAGACCCCAUCGAUGAGGAAGUCCUUACGGAGCAGCAAGCGAGAGGGUUGUUUGACUUGUAUGUGCGCACGACAUUCCCCGCUGACACCAGCUUCGCCCACGAGAUUGCCUUCUUCAUCCCGCUAUUUCAAGAGCCGCUCCAUCUGUCCUUCGAUUCAAUCCGGAAUCGCUCAUCCUUCUUGUUCAGCACCAUCCUAGCGAUUGCAGCCAAGUACAACUCCCAGCUCACGUCCGGACAGUUGGGAGGUACUGCCCAGACUAUCGACCCCGAGAUCUGGCUCCAGGUCCGCGGUAUGGCGAUGGCGGGGUAUGUCCAGGCUAUCAUCUCGAAAGUCCACUGCCUGGAGGAUGUUCAGGCCACGGUGCUCUUGUGUGCCUGGGGUCUCCAGGAUCGAGGGGCAUCACCAGACCCGUGGAUGAUGACGGGCUCCGCGCUGCGGCUGGCUCAGCGUCUCGGCAUUCAAAACGCAAGCGUCGCACUGGCUGAAAGGAUGACAGAGCCCACACCACGCUUGCUCUCCAGCUGGAAGACUUAUCUCUUUACUGCUGGCUUCGGUCGCCCUGAAACACAGGGCUUUGACGAAGCGGCCCUCGACACCACCAUCUUGCUGGAGCAGGAUGACCCAACUGCCGCUACAGUGGCCGCUUACGUCGACCUCGCUGCCAUCGCCACCCGAUACAGCCGCUUUGUAAAUAUCCGUCUGAAGUGUGACCCUGGCUCGUGCUGGGAAGAGCUCGAGGCCAUCGGUGGCACGCUGGACGCAUUCUCGAGCAGGUGGCUGUGGGCCCCUUGGACGGUCCGCCCUUCCCAUCCGGAUGAUUUACAAUCACCUGCGGUUAUGCCUCUUCUCGAUCCCGCUCAAGCCCUUGUCGCACCCCGACAGUCCUUCAUUCUUACGCCGAACGCAAUCGGAUACGCCACAGAGAACACAGCGCUUGGCUCAAUGUCUGAAGAAGUAGUGCAGGACUUUUCCGAUGACUGCCGCGAGGACGCCGACACGACGAUCUGGCACGCAUACGACUUUGCGUUCAUGGUCCUGUCACACUCUGCGGCGGUAUUGCUUAGCCUGGCUACGACACGGAUAUGCGGCUCAGCGGACGAGUCACGGCCAGGCGUCAACCCGUCCACCGCACUGCGCUACUACGGAAUGGCGAUUUCCACCAUGAUCGAGUCGAACCGCUCAGCAAACCGCUUCCCGUGCGAUAUGGCUCGCAAUCUCUACAUGAUCGUGAAGGAGACGAGCCUUGAUAUCACCGAGUGGAUCUCGCCCACCGUCCUGGACCAGCUGAACCAAGACCACGAGGCGGCGACCACCGCCCAGGGCCCCGAGGCACUGACAGACUUCCUAGACAUCGAGCAGUUCCUGCAACCGGGCUUCUUCGACGACAUCAGUACUUGGCAACUGUGA